UUCGACUCCGUCUUUCAGCCUCUCCUCCGCUCCAUCGCAGCACUACACGGCAACCCCCCUUCCUUCCGUUAGCUCUAUCUCUCUUUAUCCCUCCAUCCCUCUCUCACGCACUCCCUCCCUCUGUCUCUCUCUCUCCUUCAGUCUGCUCGCCCUCUCGUCCUGUCGUGCAGUCCUUUUCGGUCACCGUUGCAGGGAGGAGGAGCCUUACACACACGCAUUCACGCACAUUCACACACAGUCUCUCUUACACACGCACACACACCCCACUCUCCUCUCUCGCUCUCGCUACCUCGCAGAUACCACCGCCAGCUCUCUUCCGCUCUGUCCAGCUCUCCCUCCGAGCACCAGGCAAACAUUAUCCUCGCCGACCAGUCAGCCAGGCCCGCUUUUGUUUGCCGGAGCAGGGGAGCCAAAUAGCUUCGUCUACGUAAAAAAAGAUGGAUGUAUUCAUGAAGGGGUUCUCCAUGGCCAAGGAGGGUGUAGUGGCCGCCGCGGAGAAGACCAAGGCGGGCGUGGAGGAGGCAGCAGCCAAGACCAAAGAAGGGGUGAUGUAUGUCGGUAACAAGACGAAGGAGGGAGUCGUGUCCGGAGUAAACACAGUGGCCAACAGAACUACUGACCAGGCGAACAUCGUAGGAGAGGGGGUCGUUGCCGGGGCCAACGACGUGUCACAGGCCAACGUGGAAGGAGUCGAGAACGUCGCCGCCUCUACUGGCAUGGUCAAUCAGGAGGAACCAGUAUACGAGGGAGAGUAUGGAGGCAUGGAGCAGGGCGGCCAGGGAGGAGAGGGGUAUUAACUGUUCCUGGGACGUCCGGCAGUGUCCUCUCUGAAAGCCCCAACGCCCGACCCCCCCUCCCUGCCUACGCUCUUCCUCGGAGAUGUUCAACAUAUUUUUUUGUGACUUUAUGGAACCAAAACGACAAAAACAGACUCUUCCAGACGCCGCGCCUUUCUGUCCCUGCUGCCCUUAACCCUAAUGCCCACUCCCUCCAGACCACCUCCACACUGUCCUGGUAGUUCGGCAUCCCCCCCCUCCCUCCCUCCAAAGCUUCUGUUCCACGCCCCCCACCUUGUGUUGGUGUUGUCAUGAUGUUAUCCCCUAAGUGUUGUUGUCACUGCAUAUCUGCUGCCCUUUCUGGGGGCAAGACCUGCUCACACACACACACACACACACAUGCACAAUGUGGCGCGCGCACACACACACACACACACACACAAACACACAGACACUUGCACACAUGCCCGCGCAUUCACCAAGGCACACACACGGUUCCCCCAUAGCGUAAUCACACAUGGGCACGUACCACAGAAAGACAGAGAGAGGGGGCCAUUGUAGGCGCAUACAUGUCCUGUACAUACCAGGGUACCCCACCAAUGGGCAGGUGAGAGGGACGGGCAGCCUCAGUGUUAGCUGAAGAGAGCAUGUGAAUACAAUCGUGAUAAUAGUUAUACGUGUAAAAAAAACAUUGAGACAAAGAUAGCUCAUGGGAUGGUGUUUGUGGUAACCGUUUGCGUGAGUCCUGUGUGUGCAUGCGUGUGCGUGUGAGCAUGUCGGCGUGCGUGCAUGCUUGCUGGGCGGAGGUAGAGGGUCCCGGAGAAUGCUGCCAGUGUGUGUUUCUUUGUGGGGCAUCGUGCAAUAAAGGCUAAAGAUUAUCCCUCCCUCCGACGUGUGCGAUCGCUCGCUAACUACAGUAGAAUGCAUGAACAGAUUCCCCCGAGAAUGGCUUUGUUGUGUUUUGUAGCCGCGUAGCGUGUUCACUGUUGUAGUUAGCUUUGUUUGGCUAAGUGUGUGUGUGUAUGUGUGUGUUUGAUCUUGAAUAUGUAUGCAUAGCAACCAGCAGAGAGCAACACAACUUUCCUCUACUUUUCCUCUUAUCUUUUGUUCUUAUUGAUAUAACCAGAGGUGCUAGGACAAAACAAUGGCAAAACUGUACCACGAGUUUGCUUUGAACAAGCUCAAGAGCAGAAGCAAUACUGGAAAUUCAGUUCUAUAUAUCAAUCAAGGUCUAGACUAAGACUAGGUUUAGUCACGGGAUGGUUUGAGUUGGAUUCAUAUUUCUGUGGCCAAGGUUUUGUCUAGUCUCUCAGACUGGGUUUAAUCCUUGUUUGCACUGCUGGGUUGAUUUGAAUUUUAAAGUUCAAGGAGGCAAAAUGUGUUGUGUUGGUUGAUUGUUUUGAUAUGCCGUGUGCUAGCUGUUGCUUUUAGACGUUGUGAGGUUUGCAUGCUGUAGAGAGUGAGACAAACAAGCAAUAUGGAAUUCAGUCAGCCAGGGGUUGAGCCACCAAAAUCUGUAGAGUCAGGUGAUCCUGCAUCGAGUCAUGGAGGAUGUAGUUUUGGUUUGUAGUUGACCAUUUAGAGUUCCCAUAGUAACUCUUCUGUUAGUCCCGCCCAUCAGCUUUCACAGCCACUCAGAAGAUAGCUUUACCCUGUCACUCAAUGACUGGCCCCCGCCACUUCCCUUGGGCUUGUGGCAAGCUUUUGUCUGCCCUGCAUCUGUGUUUGUGUUUGUGUAUCCGUAUGUACUCUAUUUGUGUGUUUUAACAUAGGAAAAGCAGAUCGUACCAGCAAAUUGCGCGUGCACGCUUGUGUGCGUGCGUGUGCGCGUGUGUGUGUGUGUGUGUGUGUGUGCGUGUGUGUACUAUGUGUCAUGAGCAGAUCUGUGUGUUUUUACUUUGAAGCCAAUCAAAACUGAUGACUGCAUGUUGCCUUAUCAAGCAAUCUGAUAUUCACGCACACAUCACACACACACACACACUGACACUAAUUCACAUAGCCACAUAUUGUAAACAUAAACAGAGUGUAUGAAAAACACACCAGUGACAUACACAAACACAAAUCAGCAGACACUGGACAAUUAUCACACACUAUGUUUAAGUUGGCAUCAAAGCGGACUCGCUGAUUUUUUUAAACAGUAUCAGUCAAAUAAAAAUGGUUUGUCGAAAUCUGAAUGUUGCAUUGUGGCUUUAUUUAUGGAUCCAUUUGGACAGGUUUAAACAGGUUUGUGUUUGAGAAGAAGACGGUAAGACGCUCAACCACCUUAAGUGUUUGAACUAUUGGAGGCUCUCUGAACAGGGCCCAAACUAAUUUUUGUCAAGGCAAAAACACAACAAAGGACACGGUAUGUAAGCUAUGCCGUGCAGGCCGGCAUAGUCGAAGUCCCCAUGCAGGGAUCUCACAAACCCAUUUCAUUUGUAGUAAUUGUUGAGUAAUGAUUCCCAGAUUUCAUGGAACACUUAGUGUUAAUCAAAAUAAUCUGGGCAUAACUAUUCCCCGAUAAAUCAAAAGACUCUGGGAAUAAUUAAAAAGAAGCAGCUUUAAGAAGUGUCUCUAGAAAUGCAUUUUAUGCUAACACAAGUAACACCCAGUGCAUACAUUCAGCAACAGGAUUCACGUUAUGACAAGAUGGCACAUAGUCAUUGCCUUGUUUCUCAGUAUCAAAUAAUAUGCCGUCUAACACACGCACGCACGCACACACACACACACACACACACACACACACACACACACACACACACACACACACACACGCACACAAGCACAAGCACAAGCUAGCUUACUAAGGAUUGUGUUGUGUGCAAUUAUCUUUCAUUACCCUGCCAGGUCACAUUUCACUAGUCUCACGCUACAUGUCCCGUCAGAUUUCUACCAAUAGGGAGACAGAGGUGGCCAGAGUGACGCCACGGAGCCACGCCCGGGAGGGGCACAUGGAGCCCGCGCCCAAUAGCAAUUCCCAAACAAUUCAAAACACGUGCAGGAACACACAUACCCAAGAGAGGAACACCCCUUCGAAGGGCCGCCCACACACAGAGAUUCCUCCCUUUAUCCUUUGUGUCUUGUUGACGGGGGUUUUUGCCAUGACGCAUCCAAACUGCCUUGACCCGUAUUAAGGUGAAUACCUCAGUUUCUCACAUCCUAGAACAGUAUUGUUCUUGUGCGGUGUUGUGCAUAUAAAUGUUAAAUAGUCUACAUGUCGUAAAAUCUCUUUAGCAAGCAGCAUCAGGAUGCAGAUUUGGAGAAAAAAGAGUGAAUGGGAAUAUGUGGGAAACCUGUUUUCUAAACAAAUGAGAUAAUGAUCAGUGUGUUUGCGUGUGUGUGUGUGUGUGUGUGUGUGUGUGUGUGUGUGUGUGUGUGUGUGUGUGUGUGUGUGUGUGUGUGUGUGUGUGUGUGUGUGUGUGUGUGUGUGUGUGUGUGUGUUGUGGGAAAGGGGAGGGAGGGAAGGGAGGGGAAGGAAGGGAGGGACACAGGUUAUAACACUCAUAUAACACACUUCCUCAGUACACACAGUACACACACUGCAUCAGAACACUCUUUCUUCACACGCAGCAGCACCAUUCAAACUAAACAUGAGCGGAGCCAACCAAGUCAUCAACACCGCCAUUGAGAAGGCUGCUGACAUGGCAAAAGAAAAAGUAGCCGACAUGAUGGGGGGAAAGGCUGAAGACAAGGAAGCAGGUGCAGGAGCAGCUGUAGGUGCAGGGGACCUUUUAUCUGGCCUGGCCAGCGGGCUGGGAGGCGGAGAGGCCGCGCCAGCGGCCGAAGGCGCCGGCGGCAUUGGUGGCUUAGCGAAAAAGUUUGGCUUCUAAACUCCUGGACCCUUCCUUCUACAUAAUGGAAUAUAUAUAUAAAUAUAAAUUGAGAAAAACCACAAGCCUGGAACUUUGACUUGGAGACCAACCAGCUGCUGUAUGCCAAAUGGUGGUCCAAAAUUGUUGUUGUCAUGAAAAUAAAAGAAAUAACAACAA